AUGGAGGAUAGCAGCCAGGACUCACGACGAAGUCGCAGUACGCGUCCAGGCUCAAGCUCGUCGAGCAAUACCAGAAUGACACCAGCAUCCAGCAGCAAUGGCUCGGUAGCCCACCUUCCCCUGCGAAGCACCACAAGUACCGGUUCGCGGGUGCCUUCGUCGGCUGGCUCGAGCUUGCUACAGGAUCGAUUGAGGGAGAGGAAGGUCGAGAGUGCCAGGCUGAUGCGACGCGGGAGCAUUGAUACGAGCGUGCUUGGGGAGAGGGGAGGGCAGAGCUCGCCCAUCACCGCAACGAUGGCGAGGGAUGAGCGGAGACCAAUCUCUGGGAACGUGGCCACGGGGAAAGGAAUGGGCGUGAAGCAGAUUGAAGAGCAAGUUUCUACUCUACAUAAACAGAAUUUCGACCUCAAGCUUGAGCUUUUCCACCGACGGCAACGACAAGAAACUCUCGAAGCACAGCUUGAUGCAGCGGAGAAGAAGAUUGAAGAACAGGUGGAAUUGCAGGAGGUGAACGAACAAUUGCUGGCUGAGUUGGAGAAGAGAGAUCACGCGGUGGAAGAAGCUGUUGGCAUCAUCGUGACUUUGGAAGACAAAGUGGACCGCCUGAUGAAGGAGAGAGAGGGGGUGAAGGCCAUCGAGGCAGACUUCGAAUCGACAUAUUUCCGGCCAGGCCAGGAUGACGAUAUUCCUAGCUCUCCGCCACAGCUCGACGACCUAAAACCGACUCGGUCCUCCAACUCGGUUGUGCGCAUGCCGUCCUUCUUAUCCGAGCAGAGCGAAGGUGCUGAAGCUUUGCGCAGCUUGUAUCUCCCCGCCAAUCAUGGCCACAGCGAUGUGACACUGCCCACGUUGGUGGGGGAUGGGAUGGACAGCCCACGACUCAGUACGCUUAGCGAAAGCUCGUUCGUUAGCAUCUACGGGGAGAAGCCUCUGUUACUGGAAGUUUCUGAUCAGGAAGAAGAGUCCGAGUCUCCGCCACCAGAGAGAAAGCAUCGUGCGUCAGUUGCGGUUGAAAAGUGGAUAGAUGAACGGCCGGUACCUGCGGUUACUCCCGCGCGGCCAUCGGCCCGCAGUAUGGGGAUGAAGAGCCAAUACCGAUCGAUCAAUGAUGUCCUCCAGUCGCCUUUGCAAAAGCUCGAGAGGUUAAAGCACACUCUUGCCACGCAAAACCAUUCUCUCAUUUCUGCCGGAUCCCAAUUGCCAGGCCCAACCCAAACUGCCAAGGUGCAACGAAAAUCGAAAGAGACCCUUCGCCGGGCCGUGAGGGAUCAAACCAGCUUCGAACGCCACCAGACCCUACCCCCAACCCCAGAUACCUUCAGCAGCGAUACCUUAAAGCACUUGGAGAAUUCAAGAGAUGAAGUUCCUCGGGGCCAGCGGGGCUCGGAGAAUCAAACAUUCCUCAAUAACACGGCGGUGUUCCAGAGCUUUCAUCCAUCUCGUUCCGAUGUGUCUGUGCGACCCCGCAGUGCUGGUGAAACAGUGACAAGUAGACGCGAUGGCCAUGGAUGGGACACUGAGACGCAGGACGAUUUCAGUGAUAUAGCUAGUAUAGCCAGUUCAGCCAGCAAGUACAAUCCGCCAUCCUACCGACAUCCGCAACGUGUAAUGACACCAGAUCUCUUUACAUUUGGCGGAACUGAGGAAUGGGGUCGAGAUGUGAUGUUGAGCGGGCCAUCAUACUUCCCGUCGCUUCCAUCUGAUAGACAUCGGUCGGUUCAACGAUCAAUCCGAACAGAAUAUCCUAGAAGCGACGAUACGAUCACCCCACGUCGCAGCAGGAUGAAAAAUGAACAGAAUAAUUCUAGCCAGCAUGGAACACCUGUCGAAAUGUCGAAGCCAUACCCUCCUGACCGCCGCUCCUCACUUACAGCAACCACCAAGCUUAAAGGACAACCCAACCCCCCGAGCCAAUCGCCCACGACAAACUCGCCAUUAAAGGAUAAGGAUUCGAGGAUCUCCCGAUUAUCCGGCCGUAUAUUCGGAAGAUCCGAAAGCAGCCCAUCCAGCCCAGCCACCAAAACUGACACAACUAAAGCUCCCAGCUAUGUCGAUGAUGGUAUGGAUGUAGGAGCAAGUGCCACCCCACCGCCCAUCAAGCGCACACGGCCUAGCCACCGGCCAGUCUCCGCAGGGGUAGGAUCCGGCAACCGAUCACAAUCAUUUAGGUAUGACGUUCCCGCCGACGAAGAUCCUACUCGCAACAACGCCUCCACCGCCGAAGUAGACGGAGGAGACGCCAAAGCUGCUCCUGUAGGCGGCAAGAAAUGGUUUGGGAUUGGAAGAGCUGGCAGCAUACGUCGAAACUAG